AUGAGCGCCGUGCACACCAAAAGACAGAUAUGGGAUCCAGAAGUCACGGCCCCAGUCUACAUCACUGUGCUGGAUGAGAACGACAACAGCCCACGCUUUGACUUCACCUCAGACUCGGCCAUCAGUGUGCCUGAGGACUGCCCUGUGGGCCAGCGAGUAGCCACUGUCAAGGCUCGGGACCCUGAUGCUGGCAGCAAUGGACAGGUGGUCUUCUCCCUGGCUUCUGGUAACAUUGCUGGGGCUUUUGAGAUUGUCACCAGCAAUGACUCCAUUGGUGAAGUGUUUGUGGCUAAAGCCCUGGACAGGGAGGAACUGGACCAUUACAUCCUCAAGGUUGUGGCUUCCGACUGUGGCACCCCUCCACGGAAGAAAGAACACAUCCUACAGGUGACCAUUCUGGAUGUCAACGACAACCCGCCAGUGAUUGAGAGCCCCUCUGGAUACAACGUCAGUGUGAAUGAGAAUGUGGGCGGAGGCACCUCUGUGGUUCAGGUGAGAGCCACUGACCGUGACAUCGGGAUCAACAGUGUCCUGUCCUAUUACAUCACCGAGGGCAACGAGGAUAUGACUUUCCGCAUGGACCGUAUCAGCGGCGAGAUUGCCACACGGCCUGCCCCACCUGAUCGGGAACGCCAGAAUUUCUACCAUCUGGUGGUCACUGUGGAGGAUGAGGGCACCCCCACACUGUCGGCCACCACCCAUGUGUACGUGACCAUCGUGGACGAGAAUGAUAAUGCGCCUGUGUUCCAGCAGCCACAGUAUGAGGUGGUGCUGGAUGAGGGCCCGGAUACAGUCAACGCCAGCCUUAUCACCAUCCAGGCACUGGACCUGGAUGAGGGGCCAAAUGGCACAGUCACCUAUGCCAUCGUAGGAGGCAACAUCAUCAAUACCUUCCGGAUCAACAGGCACACGGGUGUCAUUACUGCUGCCAAGGAGCUAGACUAUGAGAUCAGUCAUGGCCGCUACACCCUGAUUGUCACUGCCACAGACCAGUGUCCCAUCUUGUCCCACCGCCUCACCUCCACUACCACGGUGCUUGUGAAUGUGAAUGACAUCAAUGACAACGUGCCCACUUUCCCUCGAGACUAUGAAGGGCCAUUUGAUGUCACUGAGGGCCAGCCAGGGCCCAGAGUGUGGACAUUCCUGGCCCACGACCGGGACUCAGGUCCCAAUGGGCAGGUGGAGUACAGUGUUGUGGAUGGAGACCCUCUGGGGGAGUUCGUGAUUUCUCCCGUGGAGGGUGUGCUGAGGGUCCGAAAGGAUGUAGAGCUAGACCGGGAGACCAUUGCCUUUUACAACCUGACCAUCUGUGCCCGAGACAGAGGGGUACCGCCUCUCAGCUCCACGAUGCUGGUGGGAAUCCGUGUGCUGGACAUCAAUGACAAUGACCCGGUGCUGCUGAACCUUCCCAUGAACGUCACCAUCAGCGAGAACAGCCCUGUCUCGAGCUUUGUGGCCCACAUCCUGGCCAGCGAUGCCGACAGCGGCUGCAAUGCCCUCCUCACCUUCAACAUCACUGCCGGCAACCGAGAGCGGGCCUUCUUCAUCAAUGCCACGACAGGGAUUGUCACUGUCAACCGACCCCUGGACCGAGAGCGCAUCCCAGAGUACAGACUGACAGUUUCUGUGAAGGACAACCCGGAGAACCCACGCAUAGCCAGGAAGGAUUUUGACUUACUGCUGGUCCGUCUGGCUGACGAGAAUGACAAUCACCCCCUCUUCACAGAGGGCACGUACCAGGCAGAGGUGAUGGAGAACUCUCCUGCUGGGACACCCCUCACGGUGCUCAAUGGGCCUAUCCUGGCCCUGGAUGCUGACGAAGAUAUAUACGCCAUAGUCACUUACCAGCUGCUGGGUGCUCACAGUGAUCUCUUUGAUAUCCACAACAGCACAGGCAUAGUGACUGUGAGGUCUGGGGUCGUCAUUGACCGGGAGGCCUUCUCGCCCCCGCUCCUGGAGCUGCUGCUGUUAGCUGAAGAUGUUGGCCUACUCAACGGCACCGCCCACCUGCUUGUCACUAUCCUGGAUGACAAUGACAACUGGCCCACCUUCAGUCCUGCCGCUUACACUGUCCACCUACUGGAGAACUGCCCUCCAGGAUUCUCAGUCCUUCAAGUCACAGCCACAGAUGAGGACAGUGGCCUCAACGGGGAGCUGGUCUACCGAAUAGAAGCCGGGGCUCAGGACCGCUUCUUCAUCCACCCAGCCACUGGAGUCAUCCGUGUUGGCAAUGCCACCAUCGACAGAGAAGAACAGGAGUCCUACAGGUUGACAGUGGUGGCCACCGACCGAGGCACUGUCCCCCUGUCAGGCACGGCCAUCGUCACCAUUCUGAUUGAUGACAUCAAUGACUCCCGCCCCGAAUUCCUCAACCCCAUCCAGACAGUGAGUGUGCUGGAAUCGGCAGAGCCAGGCACCAUCAUUGCCAACGUCACUGCUAUCGACUUUGACCUCAACCCCAGACUGGAGUACCACAUUAUCAGCAUCGUGGCUAAGGAUGACACUGACCGCCUGGUGCCUGACCAGGAAGAUGCUUUUGCCGUGAAUAUCAAUACAGCCUCUCCUGCCCUGGCCAGUUCUGAGUCCCACAACCACCACCCCACCCCACACCUUGCCCCGUCCCUCCUCCUCGCUGCACCCUGA